AUGGCCAGCCUUCUACUUCCUCCAGAGAUCCUCCUCAUGAUUCUAGAAGAGAUAAUCAAAGAAGAGCGCACUCUAUGGUAUUAUACUCCAACAGGGGAUGGGAAAUGCUACAACAUUUCUCGUCUCGCGACUGUGUGUCGAAGGUGGCAGCCAGUUGUCGAAGAAUACACAUUCAAACACCUGGUGCUCGGUGAAGCUACCAUUCCAACAUUCCAAAUGGCUAUUAGCAGCCGACCUAUGAGGCUGCGCUGUGUAGAACACAUAUGGCUUCGAAUCGAGUUGCCGGAAUAUGGUUGCGAUGUGUGUGGGACGGAGGAAAGUGAAGAAACGGCCGAAGCAUUUUAUCAAAGAAAUAACCAGAUAUUUUCGUCUUGUAUCAGCAACCUUUUUGGGGUACUGUCCUGUUGGAAGCCUGAGAUUCAUGGUUGCUCAAGGCAUAUAUCCCGUGGUCUGACUCUCGAAAUCUGUGCAAUAUCACCCAGUGACAAUGGACAUUGCUUCUAUUCCUGCACAUCAGAGGCCAAGUAUCCAUUCUUAACUGAGGAAGACCUCGACAAAACACCAAACCUGGGAGAGUACCACCACGACUGUGAUGCUCGUCGAACUUCCGGUUCAGAAUGCCACAUUAAACAUGGAGCUGAAUUCCUUGGCCAGGUAAAAAGAGUAUAUGGGACAGCUCUCCGGCUUUUACCAGGAGCUGACGCUCUAAAAAAGGCUCCGAUAGUAAAGGGCCUUCUUCUUCGUCGCUCCGCUUACAGGAGUAUCCAUCCUGCAUCGCUUGCACAAAUUUUGGAACAGAGUUUGAUGGCCUUGGAGUGGCUCCGGUUAGAAAGAAGACAUGCAGUCGAUUCUGAAAAAGAAAGCGCUUUUAUUCAAGACUUUAUUCACCGGCUUAUGCCCGCUUUACCUUCGUCCCUAAAAGGGCUCUUUCUAACCCAGGACACAAUUCCAACUUUUGGGUCGGCACGUCUAAGUUUUACCCAGUCAGAGGAGCUGGCAAGGGCCAUUACCGGUAGCUCAGCUUCUAGUCAACUCUCUGAUUUCUGUGCCGGUUACCAACUACACGCAACCGCGUUUCUAAUUUCUGUUGCGUUCUCGACCAUAAAAUGGAAUAACCUCCAGCGCAUGUGUCUUCGCUCGACCGAGUUUUCCAAAGAAGAUCUAAGCAGUGACUAUGUUCAGAUUGCGAUAUAUGACGCAGCACAAGCAGCUAGGAACCUGCCAAAUCUCAGACUGAUGGAGAUUUUUGGCUCCCACCGUUCCGGCACCGCCUGUCUCCUGCGGUAUGAGGUUCAGCAAAACCAGGCAGCCCUUACUUGGAGAGUAGGUGGAGGCAAGUAUGUACCAGUUGAUGAUCAAGCCCUCGAACUCUGGGAGGGCGUUCCUGCCUUUCACGGAAUUAAUCUGCCGCUCCAGAUUAACGAGCAGCCACUUCUGGAAUCUUCGGACGAAAUCCAGGAUUCGCAUUUUGACCGGUUUCUAUACCAACGUCUGGAACUGAAGAACCACAUAUGGGAUCCUGUGACAAUGGCGCAAAUUGAGAAUGAACGCAGAGAAAUGGCAAAAUUAGGAUUAAGCUGA